AUGGAAAAUGUGACCAAUGGUGCGCUUCACAAACUGAAUGGUUUUUCCCUUUAUUUGAGCCAAAAUUAUAUGCAAAUGCGCCUUAUUUGUCUUCAAAUGAUUUGCCAUAUUAUUUUCAUAGCCAAUCUUUUGUAUAUAAUGAUGUUUCUGUGCCUACAAUUGGAUGAAGCGACUAUUCAAUUACAGGCUGGUUUCAAUUUUCUAUAUGCAAAGAGCCAACUUUUUUUCAAAUUGAAAAAUCCCAUAAGACAUAUUUGCAAGUAA